AUGGCUCAAAACGAACCAGUAACUCUCGAGUACAAGGGUAGAAUUGCAGUUAUCACUAUCGAUAAUGAGAAGAAGCUUAAUGCUUUGACACAAGAUGGUUAUUAUCUCAUAGCUAAAUUCAUGAGAGAAAUUGCUACCCAUGAUGAAGUUUUCGUCACGGUUUUGACAGGAAAGGGACGGUACUUCUCAGCAGGAGCCGAUGUAUCGAUCAGUAGAGAAAAACCUGUUGGAACUGAUUUAGCUCGUCAUUGGCUGACUAGCUUCGUUGCGAAUAACCUCAACAUAACCAACGCAUUCUAUACACACCCAAAAAUUCUCGUCACAGCCCUAAAUGGUCCAGCAGUCGGUCUCUCAGCUGCUUUAAUCGCCUUUUCAGACUUCAUAUACUGCACACCUCAAACUUUCCUUUUGACCCCUUUCUCUAGUUUGGGGCUCGUUGCAGAAGGAGGAGCUUCGAGAGCUUUCGUCCAACGUUUGGGAAUCAGCAAAGCAAAUGAAGCCCUUAUUAUGAGUAAGAGAAUCACUGCCGAAGAAUUGCUGCAAGUUGGGUUCGUGAACAAGAUUUUCGAUGUUCAAAAGGGAGAGACCGAGAAGUUCAAAGAGUUGGUAUUCGAAGAGAUAGAUAAUCGGUUGGGAACGCAUUUGAUCGGCGAUAGUUUGAUUAAGAUCAAGGCGUUGAUCAGAAAACCGGAGAGAGAUUUGCUUGACGCACAGGGUGUAGCGGAGGUUUUUGGUGGACUGGAAAGAUUCGCUGCUGGAAUACCACAAGAGGAAUUUAGAAAGAUCGCAAGUGGUGAGAAGAAGCACAAGCUGUGA